AUGCUAGAAGCAAGUGCGGAAGAUAUGUACCGUUAUAAGCAAUUACGAGAUGGCGAGAUACGACUAUUGCAGUGUCAACGGCAUACGGGCGGACGCAGUGGGGGGGAUUCAAACGAUCCCGCGGGCUCCCAUCUGCAAGGUUUCAUCCAAUCGUUUGCCUCGGCAGCCUGCCCUCGUUAUGCGGCUUUGUCCUACUGCUGGGGAACGGACCAGCCUUCUGAGUGUUUGGUUUUGAAUGGCGAGGGGGCCUUGUUGCGAAAUAAUCUCUACCGCCUUUUGUGCCGCCUGAGUGAGGACCUCCCAGAGAAUACAGCCCGGCGUCACAACUCGGGCCAUUUUGACGAUCAAAUUCAAGCUCUGACGAAUGAUGCAUACAAUCUGACCAUCAAAGAAUCUCCGCGCAGUCUACAAGAAGUCAAGGAUGCACCAGGUUUCAUAUGGACUGACGCAUUGUGCAUAGACCAGCAGAACAUAGCGGAAAAGAAUGUUCAGCUCGGAAUGCUGGGGGAGAUAUAUGCCAAGGCGGAGCGUAUCAUCAUAUGGCUCGGCGAGUCUGAUGAAAGCAGUAGAGCCGCAUUCAAUGCAUGGCGAAGCCUUGCCCGAUGGGCUCGAAGUAACCCCCAGGACAGACCUGACCUAGAAUUAUCACCGGACGAGUGCCGAGCUUUGGAGGACCUCCGCGAGCGAGAGUACUGGAGACGGGUCUGGAUCUGGCAGGAGGCUUCCACACCAAUGGUCCCACGAGAGAUCUGGUGUGGCGAUGAACGGAUCGCUUUCGAAGACGCUGUACUCGCAAAUGAUGUAGCCAGGCAGUGGCUGCUGGCUCUGAACCGUAUCCCUGAAGCCAACCCCUGGAAUACGGAGCUCGAGGGUCUGAAUACUUUGAGCCAUAUUCGACAAACCCAACGAAACAUGGGGCCAUCCGAUUCAUUAGAGUCAACCAUCAUCAGGGGGUGGGACAGUCUUUUAAGCAUGCUGUACACGACCUUGGAUCUCCAGGCAACCAACCCCCGGGACAAGAUAUACGCACUCUUAUCGGUUUAUGCCGACAUUAGGAACCUUCCGUUGAAUCAAAUAAUCUACCGGAUAGAUUCUCACGCACGGGGGAGCGAGUCAUCUUCACACCGAGGGAAUUGGCCUCUGGAGGAGGCUUUGAUCGGUCAGAAGGGCACAUUCUUGCGUGUAGACCCGGAGUUGUCCCAUUGGGACCAUGAGGCACCACCGCAAAACAGUAAAAGCUAUUCGAGUGCGCUUCUGCGUAUAGAUUACGAUCUACCUCUCGAAGAAACGAGCCGGGAGUCUGCCAUAUUUAUGCUCAUUGGCGAGCAAGACUUGCGCACACUGCUGCUAUGCAGCAUGACAGGUCCGCGUGCAUCAAUUCAUACCUGGAUACCAAACUUUAGGAACAUCUCCCAAAGGUUCAACCUCUUUGACUACUGUCACCUUUUCAACGCUUCGCCCAACGCAGCCUCGGAGGUGACGCUGGCGCAAUACCGAAACAAAGUAACAUUGCGAGGCAUUCUCCUAGAUGAGGUUGCCUCAGUUCACCCACCUUUGACUGCAACCGGCGACAGUCUCGUGUCUGAUCCGGUUGAGUUCGGACAGCAGAGGUUCGCUGAAUGGAUUCAAAGCAUCGCGAGGUUCAUUUUCCCCAAGGCGAAGGAGCGUCGUUACUUGGGUAUCGGGUCACUUUCACAAGCUGUGGAUCGCCUUUUGGCAUUGCACUGUGCUCCUGGCAUGGUCUUAACGCGGUCUGACAGUGUUACACAUUGGGGCCUUCUAGAAAUAGCGGCCGGCGGUCAAGUUCCUCGAAUAGAUGCCAUGAUGACCGAGUUCACCGACCUGCUGCUGCGGGUGAGUAAGGCUUCACUGUUUUGGACCAGGGGCGGGUUUCUUGGUCUGGGAGACCCCAGCAUACGUGGGUAUCAGCGUGAUUACAUUGUAGUGUUCGACGGACUAUCAAUUCCAGUCGUCAUUCGGGAUGCAGGUGCAUUCAAUAUGGUGGUCGGGCCUGCCUUCGUGCAGGGCAUAAUGGAUGGAGAGUUGUCAGGGAAAGGAUACCAAAGUCGAAACUUUACAAUACAUUAG